AAAUCUUUCCUUUAAUCCAGAGUGCUCAACUCAUGAAUCAUCUUGAAGAGGAGGCACCUGCGAUGAAUAUCACAAGGAAUGGAAAAGAAGAAACAAAUCCAGAUUGUGAGGUCUGGUUAAACAAUGAUGGAUUGCUCACCAGCUGGUUACUUGGAACCAUGAAUGAAGAAGCACUGAGUUUAGUUGUUGGCUGUGAUACAACUAGCCAAAUCUGGAGGAAGUUCAAAGGAACCUACGAUAGCUUGGCUGCAAUCCGCAAGCCUGUCGAUGACUUGGACAAGGUGUUUCAAUUGUCCAGGGUUAUAGGAACACGCGAUCAACCUUACAAUCUAGCAGUAGUAUUGACCGAACAAGCUGGUCCUAGAAUUUCUAUGGUUUGUUUUUUCAAACAACUUACAGAAAAUGCCUCAAGACUCUAUGGACCAAUUAAGGAAUUGUUAUCAGAUGAAAACCCUCCAAUUUACAAGGAGACUUCUGUAAAAGAGUAUUUGCCACUCUACUACUCAAAAGGCCUCGACGGAACCUCCUCUCUAUCACAUUUCAAGCUGUGAAGCGAAGUCGCAAAAUUAGAGUUCCUGGUCAUUUUUAACUUGUCAGUCCAUUUGCUCAAAUGAAUUUGUGGUUUAUGUUGGAGCAACCGAUGUUUCUGCAUUAUGGACUUACUGUCUGUUGAUCAUGCAAAAGCCUUAUAGAAGUUUUUUUUUGGAUAAAAUGUGAAAUUUUUU